CAUGUAAGCUCAGUAACAUGUUCUCCAAUUCCAAUUAAAUACCAAACCCAUAACACAUCUACAAACAUAAAUUCAACUCCAAUUUUCCCCAAUCUAUCCUCGCUGAAAUGGAAAAAAAAUCCGGUAAAAAAUCUCAUCUCCGAUCUGGAAAUUCCGUUACAUAUGACUCAUCUUACCCCAUCUACGCCAUGGCUUUUUCCUCCUUCACUUCUUCCCUCCCCAAUUGCCACCCUCGAAUUGCCAUCGGCAGCUUUAUCGAAGAGAUCAACAAUUGUGUUGAUAUUCUCUCUUUCGAUGCAUAUAACCUAACCCUUAAGCCUAUUCCAAAUCUCUGUUUCGAACACCCUUAUCCACCUACGAAGCUCAUGUUCCAUCCUAAUCCUUUUGAUUCUCUCAAGUCGAAUGACAUUCUUGCCUCUUGCAGUGACUAUCUCCGUCUUUGGGAAGUUCGCGAUACUUCUAUUAAAGACCUCGUCACUUUCAAUAAGAAUAAAAGUGGUGAAUACGUUGCCCCUUUGACGUCUUUUGAUUGGAAUGAUGUGGAGCCCAGAAGAAUUGGUACUUCCAGUAUAGACACUACUUGUACCAUCUGGGAUGUUGAAAUAGGGGCUUUUGAAACUCAAAUUAUAGCCCAUGAUAAAGAGGUUUACGAUAUAGCUUGGGCUGAAGCUGCGGUUUUUGCUUCCGUUUCUGCUGAUGGGUCAGUUCGGAUUUUUGAUUUGAGGAUGAAGGAUUAUACUACAAUUAUUUAUGAGAGUCCAGAACCGGGCACUCAGUUGUUGAAGCUGGCUUGGAACAAGCACAACUUAAGAUAUCUGGCUGUCAUGUCGGAUAGCAACAAGAUUAUGAUUUUAGAUAUGAGUUCUCCAGGAAGGCCUCUGGUGGAGUUGGCUAGGCAUCAGGUGAGUUUUAAUGCUAUUGCUUGGUCUCCACAGAGUCAGCGACAUAUUUGUUCGGCUGGGGAUGACGGGCAGGCGCUCAUUUGGGAGUUGCCAACUGUUGAAAGGCCUAAUGGGAUUGAUCCUAUGGCAAUGUACUCUGCUGGAGCUGAGAUUAAUCAAAUUCAGUGGUCUGCUGCGCACCAUGAUUGGAUUGCCAUUGCGUUUUCUAACAAGCUGCAAUUGCUUAAUGUAUAAGGCAAUUGGAUGAUUUAAUUUUUCCUUAUGGACUAUUGGAAGACUUGAUUUUCUACCUUCUUUGUAAGAGAUACAAAAACUUUUGCCUCUGGUCAUGAAGGUGGUGGGAUUAUACUUUUUUUCAGGCACUUCAGUAGCACCAUUUGGAAAAAUAAAAUCUGCAGUUUAGAACUUUUUCUUUCUUUCUAUUAUCUAGUAAGCAGUAAGCAUCAAUUUGAAAACCAAGUGUAGUGGAAAAUGAUAAAGCAAACUUGUUAACUGUGUGUGUUGAGAUAUUACCUAACUGUUCUUCAAUAUUAAGUAACUUGAAAGCUG